GGGAUGUUGGUUUCCUUUUCUGUUUUACGCUUGGACGUUUAAUUUAUGACUCUGGACGUUGGUACGUGGUUGUGAAACCUCAGGUCAUGGUGUGGGGGAUGGAGCCUGAAGUCACUCCCACAGGCAGGAAGUCUGCACUUGAAACUGGGCAAAGGUUUGGAUUUAUUGGGCAGCCUGGUGCCUCCCACAGAUCGUGCCCGUCCGCUCCAGACACAGAUGUGGCUCCCCGCGAGCCCCGGGGGCCUCCUGAGUUAUUUGGUGACUCUGCACGUCCUGCGGCUGGGAUCAGCUGACUUCAGAGUGGUGGCACCAGAGAAAUAUAUUCGUGUCAGCAUGGGUCAGGACGUCGUGCUGCCAUGUCACUUGUCCCCCAGCAUGGAUGCUCGGAGCUUGGACAUCAAGUGGAUCCGGCACCGGGUCUCUGAAAUAGUGCACCGCUACCGAAAUGGAGAGGACCUGUAUGGGGAUCAGAUGGAGGAAUAUGUUGGGAGGACAGAGUUGGUCAGAGAUGGUCUCUCCCGUGGAAGCCUGGACUUGCGAAUCUCUGGGUUGAGACCCUCUGACGAUGGUCAGUACGUCUGCACUGUGAGAGAUGGUGCCUCUUAUGGAGAAGCUACGGUGGAUGUGGAGGUGUCAGCCACAGGCUCUGUCUCUCACCUCUCCCUGGAGGGUUACGAGGACGGAGGCAUCCGGGUGGUGUGUCAAUCGGCCGGCUGGUAUCCACAACCAGAGGUGCUAUGGAAAGAUCCCAACGGGCGGCGUCUCCCCUCGGUCUCCCAGAGACAUUCCUCGGAUGAGAGGGGCCUCUUUGACGUCGAAGAUGUCAUCGUUGUGACCGAUGGGAACAGAGAUGGGAACUGGUCCUGCGUGGUCAGGAACAGCCGCCUCAACCAGGAGCAGGAGACGUCCCUGCACAUCUCAGCUCCCUUUUUCCACAAUGCCCGUCCCUGGAUGGUUGGUGUGGGGGUGCUCCUCAUGCUUUCAGUGGUGUUCCUUGGCCUCGGUGCUUAUCUGUGGAGAAGGAAAGUGCUGCAGUCCCGAGAGCUGGGAAAACAACAUGCAGCACUGAUGAAGAAACGAGAUGUAGCAGUGGCAGGAGCAGCCAUGGGAUGAGGAGGUGUCCCUUCUGAUCACUCUGGUGAUUUUGAUUUU